AUUACAGGGGCGAGUAGAGGGGCCAGGGAUAGGAUGGACAGGGUAGAGUCAAAUCAUCCUCUCGCUUUAGAGGUAAAAUCUUUAAAAGCGAAAAUGUGAGGGGGAGAUGCGCUGGCAAGGAACGCUCUUUGCUGCAAGGCCCGGCUGCUGGCAGACUUGUGGUUCCCACGCUAAUGCGCAAACAGGGUGGCGCGUUGUCUAAAGGGAGAUAAGCUCCCUCCAGGCAGAGGAGGCCGCAGGCAGCCAGCCAGCCAGGCCCACGAUGUGAGUGAAAGGGCGUGGGCGUGGCUUCGUGGGGCGCCGCCCUCACGUCCUUAAGUUGGGGUGUGGGCGGGCGCCUGCGUCGCUGGAGGGGAAACUCUGCGCCGCGUGUCGCUCGCCGCCAUGGCCCUUCUCCGAGGUGUCUUCAUCGUGGCUGCUAAGCGAACGGCCUUUGGAGCUUACGGAGGUCUUCUGAAAGACUUCACGGCUAUUGACUUGACUGAAUUUGCUGCCAAGGCUGCUUUGUCUGCGGGCAAGGUCUCACCGGAGACCAUUGAUAGUGUCGUUGUAGGCAAUGUCUUUCAGAGUUCUUCAGAUGCUGCAUACAUGGCCAGGCAUGUUGGUUUGCGUGUGGGAGUCCCACAAGAGACCCCGGCUCUCACUGUUAAUAGACUCUGUGGCUCUGGUUUCCAGUCCAUUGUGAGUGGAUGUCAGGAAAUUUGUGUGAAAGAUGCUGAAGUUGUCUUGUGCGGAGGAACUGAAAGCAUGAGCCAGGCUCCCUACUGUGUCAGAAACGCGCGUUUUGGAACCAAGUUGGGAUCAGAUCUCAAGCUGGAAGAUAUUCUGUGGUCAGGAUUAACAGAUCAGCAUGUCCAACUCCCCAUGGCAAUUACUGCAGAGAAUCUUGCUGUGAAAUACAACAUAAGCAGAGAAGACUGUGACAAAUACGCCCUGCAGUCCCAGCAGAGGUGGAAAGCUGCUAAUGAUGCUGGCUACUUUAAUAAUGAGAUGGUACCAAUUGAGGUGAAGACUAAGAAGGGGAAACAGAUGAUGCAGGUAGAUGAGCAUGCGCGGCCCCAAACAACCCUGGAGCAGUUAAAUAAACUGCCUCCAGUAUUCAAGAAGGAAGGAACCGUUACUGCAGGGAAUGCGUCGGGGAUAUCCGAUGGUGCUGGAGCUGUUAUCAUAGCUAGUGAAGAUGCCGUUAAAAAACAUAACUUCACACCACUCGCAAGAAUUGUGGGCUAUUUUGCAUCUGGAUGUGAUCCCUCUAUCAUGGGUAUUGGUCCUGUCCCUGCUAUCAAUGGGGCACUGAAGAAAACAGGACGGAGUCUUAAGGACAUGGAUUUGGUAGAGGUGAAUGAAGCUUUUGCUCCUCAGUACUUAGCAGUUCAGAAGAGUUUGGAUCUUGACCCAAGUAAGACCAACGUGAAUGGCGGAGCCAUUGCUUUGGGUCACCCACUGGGAGGAUCUGGAACAAGAAUUAUGGCACACCUGGUUCACGAAUUAAGGCGUCGGGGUGGAAGAUACGCUGUGGGAUCAGCUUGCAUCGGGGGCGGCCAGGGUAUCGCAGUUAUCAUCGAAAGCACAGCCUGAGGGGCCUGCCGAGGCCCGCUCACACUUCGAGGGGCCAGGGCCACAGGGAGCCAGGUGACCUUCAGAGCAGCUGCAGAACCACACAUGCCCUGUACUGAAAGUCAUUGAGCUCGAUGAAGGGAUAGUGAGGCAAAAAGAUGUGUCUCUCAUGAAUAAGAGCCCACGCCAGAAUAAAUAAGUUCUCUCAGAUUUGCACCAGAUGGGAUCUAUCUCUGAGCAAACGUCCAACCACAGAGGCCUUAAAAGAAUUGGUAUAAUGCUGAAUAAUCACCACUUAUGCCUUAGAUAAUACGAGUGCAAGAAAAUUGAAUAAAUACUGCUUUAACUUCA